CUUAGAUGCACUAUUGUAAAGUGGCUGUUCCACUGGAUGUCAGAAGGUGAAUUCACCAAUUUGUAAGUCGCUCUGGAUAAGAGCGUCUGCUAAAUGACUUAAAUGUAAAUGUAAGUAUACAGUAUGGUGUCGUCUGCAUAGAGAUGUAUCAGAGAAUCACCAGCAGCAAGAGAAACAUCAUUGAUGUAUACAGAGAAGAGAGUCGGCCCAAGGAUUGAACCCUGUGGCACCCCCAUUGAGACUGCCAGAGGUCCGGACAACAGGCCCACCAAUUUGACACACUGAACUUUAUCAGAGAAGUAGUUGGUAAACCAGGCGAGGCAAUCAUUUGAGAAACCAAGGCUGUCGAGUCCACCGAUGAGGAUGUGGUGAUUGACAGAGUCGAAAGCCUUGGCCAGGUCGAUGAAUACGGCUGUACAGUACUGUCUUUUAUCGAUGGCGGUUAUGAUGUCGUUUAGGACCUUGAGUGUGGCUGAGGUGCACCCAUGACCAGCUCUGAAACCAGAUUGCAUAGCGGAGAAGGUACGGUGGGAUUCGAAAUGGUCGGUAAAACUGUUUGUUAACUUGGCUUUCGAAGACCUUAGAAAGACAGGGAAGGAUAGAUAUAGGUCUGUAGCAGUUUAGGUCCUGGGUGUCUUUUGAAGAGGGGGAUGACUGCAGCAGCUUUCCAAUUUUUAGGAAUCUCGGACGAUACGAAAGAGAGGUUGAACAGAAGGAAGAAGGAUCAGUAUUAGAAGUCGACUGAUCAUGAUAUCAACGCUGAUACCGAUACCGAUUAUUGGACCAAAAAAAAAUCGGACAUUUUUUAUUAUUUUAUUUAUUUGUAAUAUUGACAAUUACAAUAAUACUGAAUGAACACUUAUUUUAGCUUAAUAUAAUACAUCAAUAAAAUCAAUUUAGCCUCAAAUAAAUAAUGAAAUAUGUUCAAUUUGGUUUAAAUAAUGCAAAAACAAAGUGUUAGAGAAGUAAAAGUGCAAUAUGUGCCAUGUAAAAAAAGCUAAUCUUUAAGUUCCUUUCUCAGAACAUGAGAACAUAUGAAAGCUGGUGGUUCCUUUUAACAUGAGUCUUCAAUAUUCCAAGGUGGAUCUUUUUGUAUUGGUAACUCUCCCUGAUCAUCCCUCAACCCUGCCCAUCCGAGUUUACCCUUGACCCCUUCCUACAGCCACCAUGACAUCGAACUCAUGGCCGCAGCUUCUGGCUUUCAAGCUGACCUCUCCACCCCGCGACCCUGGGAGUCCAAAGUGGAUCUUCAGCUGUGACGAGGAGAUAGAGCGUCGCUAUGAGAUCGUUCCCUCUGUGGUCUGCUCCAUGUGCUGCCUCUUUGGCAUCAUAUACUGCUUCUUUGGUUACCGUUGCUUCAAGGCGGUGAUGUUCCUAACAGGCUUGAUGUUUGGCUCCGUCAUCAUCUUUCUGCUGUGUUAUAAGGAGCGUGUCCUGGACACCCAGCUGAGUGUGGAGGCAUCGGUGGGCAUCGGCCUGGGCAUCGGUACCCUCUGUGGCCUGGUCACCAUGCUGGUGCGCUCCGUGGGACUCUUCAUGGUGGGGCUGUUGCUGGGAUUACUGCUGGGCAUCGCCUCACUUGUGGUAAUGGAGGAGUUUCACCACCCCCGGACGGUGUGGGUGCCCCUGGGGGUGUUGUUGGGGUCAGGCAUGCUGUUCGCCGUCCUCACCCUCCAAUGGCAGUGCUUCUUCACCACCCUCUCAACCGCUGUGUUCGGCUCGGCUGUCAUCACCGUCACUGUGGACUACUUCCUCGAGCUGUUCGCUCUGGUCAGAUACAUGUCGGAGAGGAUCACUACGUGGCUCCGACAACCCGUCCUCUCUGCUGGUUCACCUGGGUCGUCAUGGGGGUGUGGCCUGUCCUGGCACUACUGUCCUCUAGAUAACACUACCAAUGGAAGGUAA